AUGACCGUAUCUCCAAACCCUGCCAUCUUCAACGUCCCCCUCUGGUUCCCUUUGUCUUCAAAAGAUGGUGGACCUAAAAAGAUCCACAACGGUUCUCCUCCUGAUUUCUGGCUGCUCAGGGUUCCCGGGCCAGGGAGUCGUGAGGCUGGGGCCGCAGGAGCGGCGGGGGAGGGCGAGGCGAGGGAGGCGGGAGCCGGCGAGCCGGGUGCCGGUGCGUGCCGCGCCCGCUCCUGCCGGGUGAGAGUCCGGACCGGGUUUUGCGCCGCGUCCCCGGGCCUGUCUCACGGCCUCCAGCCGCCGCCGCUGCCGUGUUUACUGAGCUCGCGCGUCCUGAUAUCACUCCGCUGGCAUGGAGGAGGAGGAGGAGGUGGAGGAGCGAGAGGAGGAGGCGGCGGCGGCGGCGAGCAGUUGAUCAUUGUGAUGGUGGCAGCAGCAGCGGCGGCAGCGGCAGCCCAGCCGAGCGUUAGGGGCUGCUCUCCGCGCGGCGUUUUGCAAAGGACUUCACCGAUCUACUUUUGCAGUCGCCUCGGACUGGCCAUGUGUUUACUUCCCCCAGCCCGAGGAUUCGAUAUCUAGGUUCCUGUGAAAUGCAACUGAGCAGCCAAAGUACUUUGAGAACACGGGGCGGCAUAAACACCACCAAAACUUUUUUGUGGAAGGAAAAUGCACUAAGCAAGCUUGCCGUUUUCCGAUGCGGGGUGGAGUGAGUGUGUGUCGCGCGUGUCCGCACUGGAGGCAUAUGCUUGUGUGUGUCCACGGGGCGUGUUUUUCGGAACGUAGGGAGAAAAUGCUUGCCAACCUCCGGAAAUCUCCUGGAAUUUAUUAGAAAAUGAUGGAUUAUAAAAAGAAGGCAGGCGAGGAGCGGAUCUCCCCUUGAGUUGUAACCCGAUGUGCUGCUGGCUCAGUUUGUUGUGAUUCUUUUUUUGUUGAUAGGUGUCUGAUGGUAUUCCGAUAACACCCCCCUCCUUUUUUCCCCCGGGAGCUUUACAGUUUUUUU